AUGACAGAUCGGAUGGCAACCCUGGAAAAGCCACAGAGCGCGGCCUGUUGGAGGAAGAGGAGCAGUAGAACCUGUGUGGAGCCUGACAGAACCCAAGAUGCCGUUCACGAACCGAGAGGUCUUUCAAGACCACAUACAGUUCUAUGACACAGACAUUUCAUCUUCUUGCCACUUAGCAGCGGGGCCGGUCCCUCUGUGCCUCCCAGGGACCACUUCACACACCCCUUUUUCGCCUCCAGAGUAGAUGGAACCGUGGAACCAUGGAAUCUUGCCCUCUGGUUGUGUCUGUCAUCUCCUCCUGGGACCAGAGCCACAAAAGCCACAAAAGACCCAACUCUCUCCAGGGUGCAGGCAUCCCAACUAGAGGAAGCAAGGAGGCAGAGACCAAGAGGACAUCAAGAGACGUUUGAACCCGCAGAGAGGGCCUGGGAACACAAUGCUGAGCGAGAAAGAAUUGUGCCAUGAAAAAUGGAAAACUCCCGAGAAGCUGUUCCAGCGUCAGGAGAGCAGCAGACAAGCUGGACUGGGGAAGAUUCUUCCUGGAAGUUUCAGAGAUUUCACUCUCAUUUCCUAGCAUCUUACUCCCAAAUCCUCUCCAAGCCCAAAUCAAGAACCACAGACUCUAGUCAUCUUUCCCCCAGAGACUUCCUAACUGGGGGACUGGAAACCCCCAUUACAAAGCCUGCCCUCGUAAGACGGCAAAACAGGCACCGCUUCAAGUCCCCAAAUGCAGCCCUCACAGCAGCCUCCCUUUCUGAGGUUCAAAGAACCAAGAGCCCACCUCGGGUCCUCGAUGAGGGACUCAUGCAGGCAAGACCUGCAGAGUGUAUGACACAUAACCAGCACCCAAGAAAUGUCUACCGAGGAAUUAAUGAAUGAGCCAUCUUGUGAUCAUCUGGCAAGACAGCCCAAGAAUAAAGCCGUCACCAUGGAGACUAAGAAGAGACAGAAAGACACUGGGUCUUCAUUGACUCGUCCAGCUGUACAUGAGGCCUUACCUGAAGCCCACGUGACCUCUGGACUUCUCACUUACAUGACAGAAUAAAGCUCUUUUUUGUUUAGACCAAAUAAAUACAUAAUACAAUUACAUAAUCCCUUGAUUCCUUUUUAUGACUGAGCUCAGAGACUAUAUUUUGUCAUUUUAAAUCACCUUUAUCUUACAGUUUAUUUAACUGAAACAAAUAAACAAACCAAAACACGCCAGUUUUUCACUCCUCUGUCAAAGCCUUUCCAAGAUCACUAAGCUUGUGAUG